AUGCUAGCAGUUAGGAAAGCCAGGAGGAAACUCAGGAUGGGGACCAUCUGCUCCCCGAACCCCAGCGGGACAAAGACAUCAUCGGAGGUCUGCAAUGCCGACUGGAUGGCCUCGCUGUCCCCUCACCUCCACAACGUCCCCCUUUCCAAUCUGGCAAUCCCAGGCUCUCAUGACUCAUUCAGCUACUGGGUAGAUGAAAAGUCUCCAGCGGGGCCUGACCAAACCCCAGCUAUCAAACGCCUUGCCAGGAUCUCCUUGGUGAAGAAGCUGAUGAAGAAAUGGUCUGUGACACAGAACCUGACGUUUCGAGAGCAGCUGGAAGCUGGGAUCCGCUACUUCGAUCUGCGUGUGUCCUCCAAGCCAGGGGACACAGACCAAGAGAUCUACUUCAUCCAUGGGCUUUUUGGCAUCAAGGUCUGGGAUGGGCUGAUGGAAAUUGACUCGUUUCUAACACAGCACCCCCAAGAGAUUAUCUUCCUGGAUUUCAACCACUUUUAUGCCAUGGAUGAGACCCAUCACAGAUGCCUGGUUCUUAGAAUCCAAGAGGCCUUUGGAAAUAAGCUAUGCCCAGCCUGCAGUGUGGAGAGUGUAACACUAAAAACCCUAUGGGAGAAGAAGUGCCAGGUUCUUAUUUUUUACCACUGUCCCUUCUACAAGCAAUACCCCUUCCUGUGGCCAGGAAAGAAAAUUCCAGCACCCUGGGCAAAUACCACAAGUGUGCGCAAACUAAUUCUCUUCUUGGAGACCACUCUUAGCGAGCGGGCCCCGCAUGGCACCUUCCAUGUUUCUCAAGCUAUUCUCACCCCUAGAGUGAAGACCAUUGCCCGAGGCCUGGUGGGUGGCCUCAAGAACACUCUGGUUCAUAGGAAUCUUCCUGCUAUCCUGGAUUGGGUGAAAACUCAAAAGCCUGGAGCGAUGGGUGUCAAUAUCAUCACAUCUGACUUUGUGGACCUGGUGGACUUCGCCACAACCGUCAUUGAGUUGAAUGACCUCCUACAGGAGGACACAGCUUUGGCUAAAUGCUGA